CACCGCGGCACCGGAACGAGUCUCGCUCGUCAUGCCGAAGUUACGAAAACCUCAAGGGGGGAAGCAAGAGAAAAAAGUUAUUCAUCCCUACAGCAGAAAAGCUGCACAGCUUGCAAGGGAAGUACACAAACAGGAAAAGAAAGAAAAGUUGAAGACUGACAAAGCUUUGCGUUUAAGUAUUAUUGGAGAAAAACUGCAAUGGUUUCAAAGUCACCUUGACCCCAGUAAAAUCGAGUACACAAAGAAGGAAGCUGGUGAACUAAUUGAAAAUUAUAUGUGUCGAUUCAAUGCUGAACUGGAGCAGAUUGAAUUACAAAACAGUAUUAAAGGCAGACAAGGAAGACAGCAUGGUUCACGGGAAUCUGUCAUUAAGCAGACAAUAGAACGUGAAAGACAGCUCUAUGAGGGCUAUGGAAUAGAAAUCCCAGACAUUAUGAACAGAAAGCAUCUUAAAUUUUUCAGAGAAUGGGAUGGUGAUCUGAGAAAACUGCCAAACAUCAAAAUGAAAAAGCUCUCAGCUAGGGAUGCUGCCUGUAGUCACCCUGAGGUGACAGAUGCAGAAGCAAAAGAAGACUUGAAUGAAGAAGAGGUGGGCCCUGAGGAGCACCAGCUAAUUCAAGAGUUGAAAGAGUGAAGGAAAUUGUAAGAAACCUAUUUUAAUUUUC